ACUCGGCUUCCGUCCAUUCUUCCGGUGGAGAUGGCUGCGGCCGUGGCUGGGUUGCUGCGUGGGGGUUUCCUGCCCCAGGCGGGUAAGGAGUGGCCCAGGUCCUCACGGCGUGUCUUGCCGCCGCUCUCUAGUCCUCAUCUGCCCUCCUCUACUACUGAUUCUUCUCAUAAUCUCUGACCCCAGCUAGAUCGCUGGCCCCGUGCAGCUCCUUGUGAUUCCAGACUCUGGCCGGCUGCCUACCCUCCAGACUGUCCGCUAUGGCUCCAAGGCUGUUACCCGCCACCGUCGUGUGAUGCACUUUCAGCGGCAGAAGCUGAUGGCUGUGACUGAAUAUAUCCCCCCAAAACCAGCCAUCCACCCAGCAUGCCUGCCAUCUCCUCCCAGGCCCCCACAGGAGGAGACAGGCCUCAUCAGGCUUCUCCGCCGGGAGAUAGCAGCAGUUUUCCAGGACAACCGAAUGAUAGCCGUCUGCCAGAACGUGGCUCUGAGCGCAGAGGACAAGCUUCUUAUGCGACACCAGCUGCGGAAACACAAGAUCCUGAUGAAGGUCUUCCCCAACCAGGUCCUGAAGCCCUUCCUGGAGGAUUCCAAGUACCAAAAUCUGCUGCCCCUUUUUGUUGGGCAUAACAUACUGCUGGUCAGUGAAGAGCCCAAGGUCAAGGAGAUGGUACGGAUCUUAAGGACUGUGCCGUUCCUGCCGCUGCUAGGUGGCUGCAUUGAUGACACCAUCCUCAGCAGGCAGGGCUUUAUCAACUACUCCAAGCUCCCCAGCCUGUCCCUGGUGCAGGGGGAGCUUGUUGGAGGCCUCACCCACCUCACGACCCAGACCCACUCCCUGCUUCAGCACCAGCCCCUGCAGCUGACCACCCUGUUGGACCAGUACAUCAGAGAGCAACGCGAGAAGGAUUCUGUUGUGUCGGCCAGUGGGAAGCCAGAUCCUCCUGACCCUGUUCCGGACUCGUAGCCAGCCUAUUUAGCCAGCCCUGCGCAUAAAUACACUCUGCUCUAUUGGCUGUGCUCUCCUCCGCGGGAGAUGUGGAAGAACUUGGGGUGGGGGAGUGCGUUUGUCACUUGGUUUUCACUAACAAUGAUAUUGUCAGGUAUAGGGCCACUUGGAGAUGCAGAGGAUUCCAUUUCAAAUGUCAGCCACUGGCUUCAUCCUUAGUUUUCCCAACUUGGGACCUGAUAGGAGCAAAGUCUCUCUCCGUUCUCCAGGUCCAAGGCAGAGAUCCUGAAAAGAUAAGGCUAUUAUCCCCUGCCUCCUUGGUCACUGCCUCUUGCUGUACAGGCUCCUGAGCCCACCCCCUUGGGGCACAACCGGCCACGGCCACAGUAGCUCAACCAAGCAGUUGUGCUGAGGUGAGAGCCUGCUGUGUGCCAGGCUUUGUGCUGAGUGCCGUACAUGUAUUAGUUCCUUUACUCCUGACCACAUUGUACCCAUUUCACAGAGAAGGAGCAGAGAAAUUAAGUGGCUUGCUCAAGGUCAUGCAGUUAGUAAGUGGCAGAACAGGGACUUGAACCAAGCCCUCUGCUCUGAAGACCGCAUCCCGAAUUUCUACCCUAGAGCUUCCUCAUCAGGUUACCCAGAAGUGGGUCCCGUCCACCAUCCAGGUGAGCUUGGAUGUUAGUUCUCCACCCUCGAGGUGUACGCUGUGGAAAGUUUGGGAGCACUGCUUUAUAAUAAAAUGAAAUGCAUUCUACUUCCUUUA